GAGAAACUAGUGUUGUUUUGUGAGGAGAUGAAAAUGGCGGCGGAUGGCUGACCGCCGUCUUUAUCGGAUAUUAUGUAUAAAACUGCGAUUUAAUAAACCAGCGUUCUCUGUCGAUUUUAAUAGAACGUCAUGUCAUUUAAUAUUACCAGGUUUUAAGGAUUUUCUAAACUCUUUGGUUGAUUGGAGUUUUCCAAAAGACAAAGCGGAAAGUUCCUUUGGAAAUAGAUUGCUCGCUGUCUGCUGUUGCAUUUUAAACUUAACGUUCGUUUUAGUUCAGCGAACAGUUUGUUCAGCAUAAUAAGAAAGUGUUUGAACUACAUGCCGCAAAUAACCCAGGACUGGUAACCCCCCUCACCCCCUAAAACUAGCCAGACAAGUGUCUAAAUUGUAUCAUUAGUAAGCUACUCUAUAGCUAACGUUAGCUAUAACACGCUAACCCUUACAUAAUGAACCACACUACAAUCCCAGAUGCAAUAUUGGCGCUAUCAACAAACUAAAGCUUGCUAGCUAAAUCCCAUUCUCUCGGUAGGGUUUUGUUUUGGUGAUCGACAACAAUGCUUCCCUUUGGUGGGGGAUAGCUAGCCUCUACUUUACUAUUUCACUAGCUAUGUCCUAGUGGUAAUUAUCUGCCGUUAGCUGUAAAUAACAAACGUUGCAAUGUGUAAACGCUCGUACUUUAUUUUAUACUGUUGUUUUAAUCAAAUCAAAAUGUAUUAACUUGGCUACGUUGCUGACUGUAUUUUAGAUUUAGUUAGUCAGAUUUGAAAGGAUUUCUUUAUUUUUUUACCCGCAAGUGAAAGUGGACAAAUAUUACACUACUAGAAAUAGAUAAGUUAAGCUACAUUUCCAAUCACGAGCUAGUUGUAGUGUUCAGCUGCUUGACAGCGCAGUCAGGUACCCACGUGUAUCGGUGAACCGCCUACCAAAGCAGUCCACUGUCUCAAGUAACUGUCAUAAAACAUGGAAGAUAAGCGUCGACCAAGAUUCAGCAAGCGGCUGCGGUCGGGUACGCGGCGGCGCUACCAUGACGAUGGUAUCUCGGACGACGAGAUCGAGGGGAAGAGGACCUUUGACCUGGAGGAGAAGCUGACGAGCGAGAGGUUCACCUCGGACAGGGUCAAACGCAUGGAGGGGAAAGACCUCACGUUUGAGUACAUCCAAAGAGGUGGGUUAAGGGACCCGAUCAUCUUUGAGAAUCCAGACGGACUGGGCAUCAAGAUGCCAGAUCCAGACUUCAGUGUGAACGACGUCAAGAUAUUUGUCGGCAGCAGGCGUAUGAUGGAUGUGAUGGAUGUCAGUACUCAGAAGGGUAUAGAGAUGUCUAUGGCCCAGUGGAGACGUUACUACGGUCCAGAGGCACAUACACAAACUCUAUACAACGUCAUCAGCCUGGAGUUUAGCCACACCAAGCUGACGGACCUGGUCCAGAGGCCUGCAUCAGUGGACAUCAUAGACUGGGUGGACAACAUGUGGCCUCGGCACCUGAAGGAGAGACAGAGAGACUCCACCAACUCCAUCACAGACAUGCAGUACCCCAAAGUGCAGAAGUACUGUCUAAUGAGUGUGCAGGGCUGCUACACGGACUUCCACAUAGACUUCGGCGGUUCCUCGGUCUGGUACCACAUACUGCGGGGAGGCAAGGUGUUCUGGCUGAUCCCGCCCACGCCUCAGAACCUGGAGCUGUAUGAGGACUGGGUGUUGUCAGGGAAACAGGGAGACAUCUUCCUGGGAGACAAGGCCCAGGACUGUCAGAGGAUAGAGCUGAAGCAGGGCUAUACCUUCAUGAUCCCCUCAGGUUGGAUCCACGCGGUCUACACUCCAGUGGACACCCUGGUGUUUGGGGGAAACUUCCUCCACAGCUUCAACAUCCCCAUGCAACUCAACAUCUACAGCAUCGAGGACAGGACACGGGUACCAGCCAAGUUCCGUUACCCGUUCUAUUAUGAGAUGUGUUGGUACGUGCUGGAGAGAUACCUCUUCAGUCUGACCAACACCUCCUACCUCACGCCUGACUUCCAGAAACACUCCCUGGGCAUCGGUCUUACCAGAGACCCCUCCACCUGUGAGUCAGUCAACGGGCACACCCAGGAGGAGGAUGAAGAGGAGGCUCCCCCGACCCCGGGCUCUAAGCCCGGGGUGAAGGUUCACCUCACGCCCUUUGAGCUGGAGGGGCUGUGGAACCUGCUGGGGAAGCUGGAGUCGUUGCCCUCACAGAAGAACUGUGUCCCGGCUGGCAUACACGAUGCUCCCGCUCUGCUGCACGACAUCAGGGCCCUGCUGAAGGAGCACGCAAAUGACAUCCCCAAACUGUCCUACACUGGCAAGCCCAUCGUCAAGUGGCCCAAGAGGCCGUCGUGGUACCAGCCCCCUCCCUCUCCACCCCCGGUGGCUCGUCCCAAGCUGUCUGCCACGGUGGUGACCCCGCGACCCCAGAAGCCCGCCUCCUCCAUGUCCGUGCUGCGGCGGCGGCGCGUGCGGUGUAAGCGCUGCGAGGCGUGUGUCAGGACGGAGUGCGGGGACUGUAACUUCUGCAGGGACAUGAAGAAGUUUGGCGGGCCGGAACUCAAACAGACCUGCGUGCUCCGACAGUGUCUGGCGCCGGGUCUGCCCCUGUCAGUGGUGUGUGAGAUCUGUGCAGAGGGGAACCAGGAGGAAGGAGAGGGGCCAGUCUUCGCCCUCACCCUCAUGGAGUGUUCCAACUGUGCCCAGAUAGCCCACCCCGCCUGCCUCAAGGUAACAGGGGAUGGUGUGGUGAAUACAGAUCUGCCCAGCUGCUGGGAGUGUCCCAAAUGUGUUCUGGGAAUCACCGACACUGAGUCUUCGGGCACCGAUGAUGAUGACAGUGGGGCGUCCGUUGGCCUCGGCGCUGGCGUGAGCCCCCUCUCCGCCACCGCCCUCUCCUCCACCCAGGGGCCUCUAGGGGUCUCCAUGGAGCCAGGCUCUGCUCCUGGGUUGGGUGAUGAGGGCUGGGGCAGGGCGAUACUGCUAUACCCAGGGCUGGUUCCCAAACCCCCCUCCUCCUCCUGGUUCUCCGAGGCGCCCCUUCCCUCCCCUGGGCAGCUACUACUAGAGCAGCACGGCCUCAAGCGGGCGGGGAGAUGGGCAAGCGGGCGUAGGAAGAGGGUGAAGGAGGACAAGAAUAAAAUGUUACACGCGAAACGCAAGUCUUCUUCGUAUCUCGACGGCCGCAUCGCCAAGAUCUACCGUCGCCGUGGUCACAGCCGAGACGACGACAACGACUCGGGCAGCGAUGAUGAUGAAGACUCCAGGGGCGGAGGAGGAGGCGCGGGACAGAAGAUGUCCGGGCCACGCCCUCGCGGCAGUGGCUCCGCCUCUCGGAGAGGCUAUGGGACUGGGAGGCGGGGCAUUUGGAGAGGCUCCUCCCACAGAGGGGCAGGCCACGGGAGUGGGCUUGCCCCUCACUCCUCCCUGAAGAUGAGGCGCGGCAGAGGAGGGCUGGGGGCGGGCCGAGGGGAUAGAGAGGGGGGGCGUAGGGAGAGGGGCGGGAGAGUGCGCCUCCGGGGAGGCAACAGGAUGCAGAGGCGCAGGGACGAGUCAGAGGAUGACGAUGAUGAUGACGACGAGGAAGAUGAAGACAGUGAGGAAGAUCGGCAGCAUCACCACCGGCAACGCCGCAGGCGGAAGAGAACGGACGACGACGAGGAAGACGACGACGAUGAUGAGGAAAACGAUGAUGAGGAAGACAGCUCGGCCCGGGACCUGGAGGGGGAGGAUGAGGACGUGGCGGAUGAAGACGAGGAAGACGAUGAGAACAGGUCAGACUCUGAACCAGAGCCUCCCGUCCUCCUGGUGUCUGACCUUAACGACGACCUCCUAAACGGCUCAUACCUGACAGUGACCCUACAGCGCCCCCCCAGGGCCAAACUCCACCCUGGCUCCAUCGUGCCCAAGCUGGAGGCCGCCAUGUCUCCCAGAACCCACGGCGGCGGUCCAGGUUACGUCCAGCAUAAAACCCUCGGGAAGACGUGGCACAAAAACGGCACGGUCGCCGCCGGCAACGGCCUGGCCCAGCCCGCCAAGAAUCCAGUCGGCCGGCCGCCUCGUCACCGUAUCAACAAUCCCCACGGCGACACAGCAGACAGGGAAAGAGAGAGGGACACUGCCUCUCAUUCCUACUCUGACUCCUCGGCCUCCCCCACCCCUCCUCCCCACUCCUCCCACUCUCCUUCCUCGCUCCUGUCGCUUCCCUCCUUCAAGGAUGUAGGAAACGAGAAAGGAGGGGAGAAGGAGGUGUGGGUGGCGGUGUUCCGUUACCUGAGCCGAGCCGAGCUGGCUAGCUGUAUGGCUGUCUGUAAGGCCUGGUACAAAUGGAGUUGUGACAAGCGUCUGUGGAGUGGUGUGGAUGUAUCGCGGUGUCCCUCCCUCUCCUCCCAGGCCGUGCAGGGCAUCAUCAAACGCCAGCCCACCUCCCUGGACCUUUCCUGGACCCCCGUGUCCAAGAAACAGAUCACCCUGCUCAUACACCACCUGCCAGGUCUGAAGGAGUUGAUGAUGGCAGGUUGCUCCUGGUCGUCCAUGUCAGCCCUGUCCACCCCCAGCCUGCCGUGCCUCCGUACCCUGGACCUGCGCUGGGCAGAGGGGGUCAAAGACACCCAGAUCAGGGACCUGGUCAUACCACCAGGUUGUGACAGUCGGUCUCGGCUGCGUGGCUGUGUGGCGCUGCGUCUAGCCGGCCUGGACAUCAGUGACUCCACCCUGAGGCUGAUUCUCCGUCACAUGCCCCUGCUAGAGCGGCUGGACCUGGCCCACUGCAGGGACCUCACGGACCAGUCCAUCUGCCUGCUCACCGCCGCCGGCACAAACACACGCAACACGCUCACGGAGAUCAACCUCGCAGGUUGUAACAAGCUGACGGACGGCUGUCUGGCGUACCUGAAGAGAGCGUCUGGCCUGGCGCUGCUGGACCUGCGGGGCUGCAAAGGUGUGACGCUGCGGGGCUGUGAGGGCUUCAUCUCGGACCUCUCUCACUGCGUCCUGUUCUGUAUGACGGAGGAGAAACUCAUUCAGAGGAUAUCGUAAAACUCACCACGUUCUUACCCCUACGCAAGGGGCACGUAGAGACCCCGUGCCAGCCAGCCAGGCAGGGGGGAGAGAUGGGGAGCAGCCAACACCCCUCCCCCGAAAAGGAGAACAAACGCCCCCAAAAAAAGGAGGGCGAGCUAAAAACAGAAGUGAAAAGAUGUUCCCACU